GGCGGGAUCGGGGAAGUGUAUAGGGGUUGCCACAGCAGCUGGACAGCUUCCGGUUACCUGGUGACGUGCUCCGAACAUGGAUGCUGAACAGAGCAUGGAGGGGGGACAGAGCCAGGUUGCGGAAAAUCCCCAUUCUGAAUUUGGUCUCACAGAAAAUGUUGAGAGAAUAGUAGAAAAUGAAAAGGCAAGCACAGAAAAAGUAUCCAAGCAGAAAGUGGAUUUACAGGCUCUACCUACACGAGCAUAUCUUGACCAGACAGUGGUUCCAAUACUUCUACAAGGCCUUUCUGUGCUGGCAAAGGAAAGGCCUCCAAAUCCAAUAGAAUACCUAGCAGCUUAUCUGUUAAAAAACAAGACUCAGUUUGAAGAGCGAAGCUAAUGGAUGGUUCUGAAGUCAAAUUAAACAGAUGACAAAGAUGAGAGUGCUUUUCAGAAACCUCAUACAUCGUCGAUGACCUUCAAUCACUUCAAGUUUUGUACAACUUCCAUCAUAGUGGACUGAUUUUAUUUAACUUUCGACACUGUAUGUCUGUUGCAAACCUUUGGUCCAGUUGUUGUAAGUGAUCUUAGAAAAAUAAAAAUCUUUAACAAUAGGAAAUCAUAUAAGUUAUUUGAUGGAGUGUUUAGGGUCUGUGGAUUAUGGGAACAAAUGUUAAAGUCGAAAGCAAAAAAGAAAUGUGAAGUACAAUAUACUCUGCACUGCUUACUAUAGAACAGUGUCAACCUUCUAUCCUUAAAGGGGUUAUUAUACAGUGAUAUA